AAUUUAAAAAAGCAAAAAAUAACCGCCUUAUAAUAGAUAGGCAAUUUUAAUUCCAGGAUUUUUUUUCUAAAUAAAAUGAACGCUCGAUCUACGUCUUCUGUGAAUCUGUGACACUGUGCAUUAAAGAAUGAAGAUUACUGAGAAUAAUAACAAUUAUUUAAAGGAAAAUAAAAAUUGGAAGAAAAAUGGAUAUAGUGUCUUAAGAUUUGCAAACGACAACAGAAACGUAGAUUGGAUUCUUUUGUUACCUGGAGUUUUAGCAUUGCUGUGUUUUGCGAACGGACUGACAGGCGAGUUUGUUCAUGAUGACGUCUUUGCCAUCAAACGCAACAAUGACGUCAUUGGUAAUGUGUCACUAGCAGACGUCUUCUCGAACGAUUUCUGGGGAAGGAGUGUACGAUCGAACACGAGCCACAAGUCUUACAGACCCUUGACUGUAUUAACAUUUAGAUUCAAUAUUUGGUUAACUGGACGGAAUCCAGUCUACUUCCAUGUUGUAAACGUCUCAAUGCACGUGAUCGUGACGACGCUUCUCGUGCGCACGUGCUUACGCGUUAUCAAGGCGGGAAGGAGGUGCUCUGUACUGGCAGGAUGCUUGUUUGCAGUUCAUCCUGUUCAUACAGAAGCGGUGACAGGACUUGUCGGCAGGGCGGAUCUUCUGGCGACAAUAUUCUUCCUGGCCUCAUUGAAUUUGUACUUCCGAGAUGAUGGUCACCAUGACAUAUUAGGUUUCUACCACGCAGCGUGUCUGUUGUCCGCGGUCCUGGCCAUGCUAAGCAAGGAACACGGAGCAACCGUACUCGGAGUUUUAGUUAUCAUGGACGGUCGGAAAUAUAUUCAACGACUACCGGAGAGAAGUACCUUGUUGAAGAAAAUUGUCAUCAACCUGCUAUUUUCCGCCGUUUUGCUCUUUGUACGCAUGCACCUGAUGGGAAGCGCAUUACCCACCUUUACGUCACAUGACAAUCCGGCGGCUUUCAGUGCGUCUCGGCUUACAAGGAUGUUAACAUAUUCUUUCAUCUGGACAUACAACGCUUGGCUUCUACUGUCGCCUACAGACCUGUGCUAUGAUUGGCAGCAUGGAAGCAUUCCAUUGGUCGAGACAGUCUUGGACAUGCGCAACGCAGCAACCCUUCUAUUUUUCUUUGGCGCCAUGAUUCUUAUAUUGAAAACAGUAUUAUUUGUCUCUAAGAGAGCGUCCUUUCAAACGGGCGUGAUUGUGUGGUCACUUGUUAUCAUAAUGGUGCCAUUUUUGCCAGCGUCAAAUCUGCUCUUCACGGUCGGGUUCGUUAUUGCGGAGAGGAUACUGUAUAUGCCAAGUAUGGGUUUCUGCUUGCUAGUGUCGGUUGGUAUUUGUCGUUUGACCACACGGUUUCACCACCAUCGACGCACUUUAAAUGCAGUCGUCUGUUGCAUUCUCCUGCUGCAUUCCACGAAAACAUGGCGACAAAAUGCAGUAUGGCAAUCACGUGAAUCGCUCUUCAGGUCAGGCCUAUCUACAAUGCCCCACAACGCCAAGGUGCACUAUAACUAUGGAAACGUACUGAAAGACCGGGGUCAGAGGGACGACGCCGUUGCACAUUACAGGGAAGCUAUUAGGUUAGACCCAGCGUAUGCAAGCGCACAUAAUAACAUUGGGACGCUGCUAAGCGACAAACACGAGGCUGAAAUCCACUUCCGUGAAGCGUUGCGACUGCAACCCAACCACCAUGGUGCGAACAUUAACUUCGGCAACAUGCUUUGUAAGCGUGGAGAACACAAAGCCGGGGAUCAGCAUAUCGACAUGGCGCUGAGAUUAAACGACAAAAGCCCAGAGGCGCUCACAGCCAAAGCCCAGUGUCUGCUGGAGACCGGAAACCAUACCGAGGCCAGACUACAUCUUGAUUCCGCCCUGGAAGUGGCCCCUUUGUAUCACGAGGCCCUCACCUGUUAUGGGGCUCUACUUACCCAGAUAGGCCUGUACAAGGAAUCCGCCACUUACUACAUGAGGGUCCACGAACUGAGACCUGACAGCGCGAGCCUUGUGUCGGCUGCGGGCGCCUUUCAGCGUCUAGGGGACUUAACCGGGGCGGAAAGGACCCUAAAAAUGGCCCUACAAUUGAACAACGACCCCGGAAUCCUAGAGCAGCUGGCUGUGGUAUACUAUUCCUCGGGGAGAGUUGGCGAGUCACUGUCGGUCUACAGGGAUAUUGCCUCUAGACACAACAAUGCCUCUAUUGAUACGAUCAUUAGAUACGCGAAGAUUUUAGCAGCCGAAGGUCAGCCAAAAGAGGCAGACGACAUUCUAACAGAUCUCACAUAUUUACAUCCGGACAAUGUCGAUGCCCUUACAACGCUAGCAAAGGUCAAAGGUCUUCAGAAUCAACACAGACAGGCCGCAGAGUUGCUUUCCGCCGCGAUUCGACUGGCUAACAAGACAUCGGGCGCGCUUGAUGAGCUGUAUUUCGAUCGCGGUAAUCACUACAAGGAUCUGAAACUGUUUGAAGAAGCUGCAAUGGAUUUUGAGUCCACGUUACAAAUCAACCCGAGUCAUGCACGUGCGCACGGGAACAUUGGCGCAAUAUUCCACAUGCAUGGUGACAUCGACAAGGCCGAACGCCAUUACAAGCUUGCCCUGACGUUUGAACCAGGAAACCUCAUUGUUAAAGAAAACGUGGAGAAGCUGGCACGACUACGGCGUCAAAGGGAAGACGAGUUCGGCUGAAAAAAAGCAACAAGCUGCGAGCCCCGUUUUAUGAAAUAAGUCAUAUUGCCCGGAAGAUACCGGAUUAUCUUUUGUAAAUGUGGAUUGACUUGCACAAUAAUGGCCUUCAGCCUAAUUACCUUCUGUAUAUAGGCCGCUGGAUAUGAUUUUCUGUGAUAUACAUUGUAUUUUUAAACAUAGGAUUGACUCUGCAUAAUGCUCGUAUGAUGACGCAUGAUUUCAUACUCUCCACAGAUAUCCCGAUCUUCCAUAUUUAUAGAACAAACGUGUUAAUAAUAUUUUAUGUGUCAAAAGGAGUUAACCUCAGACGAGUAUUAAAUAGGUAUAAAGGGCAAAACCGUGCGAUUAUGAUAUGAAGAGUUAUGGUUCGUUUGCCUUGCGCCUUUCUUCAACGAAAUAUAUUUACC